AAGUUGUGAAUUUGUUUUUUUUGGUUAUAAUUGUCUUAAUUUUUCAUCGAGUUAACCGAGUUAUAGUGAUUGUCCCGUUUGUUGGCCACAAUCCUCCGCAACGACAAUGACCAACAAGACUAAUGUCCGCUCAUCGGCCGCAGCGGCGGCGGCGCCGCAACUGUCUGUCACCGCUAUGUUUGACGACAUGUGUCGGUCCGGCAAUGCAUUGGUGGACACCACUGAGGAUGAGAAGUUCGCACAACUGGUGGUCAACUUUGAGAGCGUUCGGUGUCUAUGGCUUCAGACCCGAAAUGAGUUGAUUUUAACGCAACAGAAGGUAACGGAUAUGACUGAAGAGAGAAAUAAAUUGGAGGAAUCACUGAAACGGCUUAGACUUGGUUUUGCCAAAGAGCUGAAGGAAAAGGAUUUCCAUCGAAAGCAAUCAAAUCUACUGAUGAAACAGUUGACUGCAAUUAAAGACUUUGUGUUGAAUGAGACGGACAGCAGUCCCGAAGAGACCAGAGACCGGCUCCUGUCGUACAUACCUCUGGACACUGUACUCGAAGAACACGAAUCCGAUAACUCGUUCGAAGACCUGCUCUACGAUAAGAGCGGAGAUGAUAUCGUCGACGAGUCCACCAAACAUACGCUGAUUCGCAAUAGUUUGGCCCCAAAUACCGCUGAAACCACACAAAUACCAACUUCUAUGGAUGUCGUGUCCAUCAGUACCGAAAAGUCUGACACAAAUCUUCGGCGAAGUAAAAGCGAUACGAGUCUCACGAAAGCUGAUCCAACAGAUAAUCGAAAGACCAUUAAAUCGGUUUCGGACGCCAUUGAUGUCGGCAAAGAAAACAUUGAUAUCCGGUAUUUGAUGAGUACUCCGGCACUGAAGAGGCCGUCAUCGGCAGCGCUGACAUCGCAACAAUUCCUCUCAACGGUUUCCCUUAAGACUGGAUUUGCUGUUAAGGCACACACUUUUCAGACCAAACGGGCGAUCACUUCCACUAAAUGCCGGAUCUGUAACAAAGGGAUCACUUUUUUGUCCCAUUAUGUGUGCUGUGAAGUGUGUCUCGGGUUGGCUCACAGUCAGUGCAAGGAUCGGCUGCCCAUACCUUGCAUACCAUUCCGGAAGCAGACCUCAAGCAAACACCUGACGGCCAGCUCUACGCGACACAUGUCACUGAUCGCCGACUUCGCGCCCGACAUCCGACCAAUGGUUCCCUCAAUUCUGGUGCAUAUAUUCAAAGAGAUCGAGAGCCGCGGUCUUCACGAAGAGGGCAUUUAUCGGAAAGCGGGCGCCGAAGUGGCGGUCAAAGAGUUGACCCGAAAGCUGGUUAACCCGAAGACCAGAACCCAAUUGUUGGAGUCGUACGACAUUCACCUUCUGGCGAAUGUUGUCAAACAAUUUCUGCAACAAUUGGACGAACCGCUUAUCACUAAAGUCUUGUGGAGGGAUUUCAUACGCGCUUCAGACCAGAAAACCAAGAAUGAUAUGACUUCACUAAUGCUGACCACAAUGGAUGAGAUGCCGGCCGCUAAUUGUGACAGUUUGGCGUAUCUCAUGUGUCACUUACACCGUGUGGUCAAAGAGUCCAAUAAGAAUCUGAUGAACGCCAAAGCGUUGGCCAAAGUGUUUGCGCCGACAGUUGUGGGCCAUUCGGACGCCACCGUCCCGUCGGCUGAGAUGGUGUCCCGAAAUAGGGCUCAAAUUAAACUAAUGGAGGCUUUCUUCGCCAUUCCGGAGGAAGAGUAUCGAAAACUAUUAGCGGACGCCGAGUUGUCAUACAGUACUUGUGGCACAAACACGAAGUGGUCGCCGAGCCGUCGACGUAAGCGCCGAUCGUCUCUCGCAAACACCGGUCCACUCACUCCCAUCCGAUCUUCACUCAUGCCUAUCAAAGAGUCCGAAACUAACCACGAAUUGAAGCCUUUAUUUUAAUAGUUGUUUAAUUAUUUAACCCGUUUUUAAUUCAAUUUAAUAUAUAAUGUGUUUAAGGUAUUUAUAUUUUAUACAAAUUAUUAGCAAUCAUUG